UUGAACUUAGUGAGAAGGAAUACAAUAUAUAAAUCCGUUAAAAAUCGAGUUAUGUGAUCAUCCAAUAUAACAUUGACCUCGUCUGUGAUCUACUUACAAGAAAUAUAUACAAGAUUAAAUCGUUACGAAGAACAAAAUAUCUCUGCCAAUAAUCGUAUCGUUGUACAAACAAAAGAAACAAUAUAAAAAUACAUUUGUAUUGCUACGCUAAUACACAAAGUAUUAAAUGACGAACAGGAAAAUAAUUGUAAUGUAAUAGUUUCUUCGACGCUCACCUUUUAUCACUGACGAACCUCAUUUUAUCUCAUGUGUUGUUAACUUGCAGUUGUGUGGUUGUUAUUCAUACUAAAUAAAUAAAAUAUGCUUACAGCACGGAAAUAAAAACUAAACAAUUUAUUACUCGUCUGUAAACAUUUCAAGUAUAUACUCGAAAGAUAAAUAGUUCGUGAAAAUUUGUUUUUCUUCACAACUUGCAUGUCAUUUGUCUGGAAAAUGACUAAAACAAAAGCGUUAAGUUUAACUGGAGUAGUGGCGUUUCUUGUGAUUGGAGGCUUAACGAUAGCAUUGGCAACUCCAAUUGCGUCGGUUCCGAACAAAUCCAUCGGACCCGAUUCUUGUUCACCGGUUAUUAUUGCACAUCGAGGUGCGAGUGGAUAUGUACCAGAACAUACACUGGGCUCAUAUGCCCUCGCUAUAACAAUGGGAGCUGACUACGUUGAACCUGAUCUUGUAAUGACAAAAGACGGACACCUAAUAUCAAGACACGAUAAUGUACUAGGAUUAACUACAGAUGUUGCAAGUCAUCCAGAAUUUGCCAAUCGCCACCGAACUCAGACAGUUGAUGGAGUCGAAAUCAGUGGUUGGUUCACAGAAGACUUUACCUUAUCCGAAAUCAAAACAUUAAGAACCGUUGAACGUAUACCGGAUGUAAGACCAGGCAACGCUCGAAUGGACGGCGCUUUUCAAAUCCCUACUUUCCAAGAAAUUAUUGAUCUUGUAAAGGACAUGGAAAGAAGUCAACGACGGACAAUUGGUAUUUAUCCUGAAAUAAAACACAGUAGCCACUUUAGUAACUUAGGUUUGCCAAUGGAAGAACUUGUCGUUAAUAUAUUCCAUAGAAAUGGUUAUUUAUUUCCCAAUUCACCGGUGUACAUUCAAUCAUUUGAAGUAAACAAUUUGAAAAAAUUAAAGGAAAUAACUAAUCUAAGACUACUACAAUUAUUCGAAAGUGACAAAUCCCUCCAGCCAGCAGAUCAAGUUUUGCUUAACACCGGGCUUACGUAUGGGAAUAUGUCUACUCCGGAAGGAUUAGCUGAAGUUGCAAAAUAUGCAGCAGCAGUUGGACCAGACAAAAGUUACAUUAUUCCCCGUAACGAAGAUAACAGCCUCGGGAAUCCAACUAGCUUCGUCGAAGAUGCUCAUGCAGUGGGUCUAAAAGUGCACCCUUAUACAUUCCGUGCUGAAAAUACUUAUUUGCCCAAGGAAUUUCAAAGUGACAAUCCAUCAAAAUCUGCUUCUGGUGACUUAAUGGGUGAAUUGCGAAAGUUUAUUGAUGCUGGCAUUGAUGGUCUCUUUGCAGAUCAACCGGACAUAGCGCUGCGUCUACGGGGCCCAUGCUUAUAAAUCAACCGAUACUAGUUAAAUAAGUGCAAUGUUUUUGUAUACAAUUGCCCAAUAUGAUUCGCGCACCACCCACGUUCAUUGAUGGUACUAUGACAUAAACAGUAACAGCAGUUAUUGCUGGCACUCAAUUCAAUCCGUCGAACGAUGCGUGGUCUACUCUAAUCAUCGAAUAUGAACAAAGUCAAACACUAUUUAAUAUGUAUAAGAUUAGGUAACAUUUUUUUUUUAAUAUUUAGGAAUUGAAAUCAUUUCAUUGAUAAUUAAUUUAAGUCAUAGCAAGUGUAUUAUUUUACUGUUAUUAUAUAAAAGUACGUAUUUUACCUUAUUAUAAUAUGAAUGUCGUCAUGAAUUAACGUCAAAACAAUGAUGACAGAAAUAGAAAAAUGAUGGCCUUAUGUGACACGGGCGUUACGGCUUUAUGUAUAAAUGUUGUUUUAACAAUCAAUAUUACAGUAAAGCUUUCAUUAAUCUAGAAUUUAUAUUAUUAUUCAAAUGAAAUAAGCAAUUGAUGCUUUCAAAUUUUACAGCUCUUCAGAAACUCAGCUACAUCGUAUACAAUUUGGUUAAUAACCACAAACGUUUGUCACCAACAUGUGGCAACAAUGAUGAAUAAUUCAAUUUAUUUAAACUCAGCAGAAUCUGUUCAUUUUAUUUUGUAUUUAAAUUGUCAUAUACAGUGAUAAUCCUGUUUCUGUAAGUCGAUCAUAUUUUCUCAUUUUAUUGUAAGCUCGUGGUAACUAAAAAUUGUUUUUCCGAAGUGACUGCGGUCAUUGAUAGCUUUAGAAAUAAAUUGACAAAAAAUUUAAUUUUAACUCAAAA